ACAAAAAAUUAUCUGCCUCCGCCAGUGGCUUGGCUUCCAUAUCGCUCGUUGACACUAUCUAGUGUCUUGUUCCAGUCACUAGUGUCCGAGCUCUCGAAUGGUGUGGAAUUUAAAUUAAAUUGCUAGAAGUUAAACGUAGAAAAUGUCUGCCAGCAAGUGGGAAACUGACGAGGAGAUUCAGUUCUUUCGGGAGUAUCUGCGCAUUCCCAGUGUUCAUCCGAAUCCAAACUACGAACCAUGCUUGGAGUUUCUCAAGCGUCAGGCCAAGCAGUUGGAGCUACCGAUCAGGGUGUACUAUCCAGUGAAUGAGCAGAACCCCGUGGUAGUCCUCACCUGGCAAGGUCUACAGCCGGAGCUGCCCAGUGUGCUGCUUAACUCUCAUAUGGAUGUGGUGCCCGUGUUCCCUGAGAACUGGACUCAUCCUCCGUUUGGUGCGGAUAUCGAUCAGGAGGGUCGCAUCUUUGCACGCGGCACACAGGACAUGAAGUGCGUGGGGAUGCAGUAUCUGGCAGCCAUUCGGGCUCUCAAGAGGAGUGGCGCGACGUUCAAGCGAACCAUUCACAUCUCCUUUGUCGCAGAUGAGGAAAUGGGAGGCAAGCUGGGAAUGCGUCCGUUCGUGCACACAGAUGAUUUCCGUGCCCUGAAUGUGGGCUUUGGACUGGAUGAGGGUCUGGCAUCGCCCACCGCAGAGUAUCCUGUCUUCUAUGCGGAGCGCAGUGUUUGGCGUGUCUACUUCCACAUCAGUGGCACCUCAGGCCACGGAUCCCUGCUGCUGCCCAACACAGCGGGUGAAAAGUUGAACUACAUUGUCGGGAAGAUGAUGGCGUAUCGCAAGGUGCAGGUCCAGCGACUGGAGAACAAUCCCGAGCUCUGCAUUGGCGAUGUGACGACCAUAAACCUGACCAAAGUGGAGGGCGGAGUGCAGAGCAAUGUGGUGCCACCGCUGCUGAUGGUCUGCUUCGACUGUCGUCUGGCUUUAGACGUGGAUCACGAGGAGUUUGAGGCGACUCUUCAAAAAUGGUGUGCCGAGGCUGGUGGCGGCAUUGAGCUGACCUACGAGCAGAAGCAGCCUCGAGUGCUGCCCACACCCAUCGAUCAGAGCAAUCGCUUUUGGGUGGCAUUCAAAGGUGCCACGGACAAUCUAGGACUUUCCAUCAAGCCGCAAAUCUUCACUGGCGGCACCGACUCGAGAUAUCUGCGCCAGGUGGGCAUCCCGGCAUUGGGUUUCUCACCGAUGAACAAUACACCCGUUCUCCUGCACGAUCACGACGAAUUCCUGCGAGCGGACACCUACUUGAGGGGUGUGCAAAUUUACCAGAAGAUCAUCAGCAAUGUAGCGAAUGUGGAGUGUGAUUGUGUAUAGACUAGUGGCUGGAUAAUAAAAGUAUUGUAACCUCA